AUGAUGUCACUGAUAGACCUGGACGAUGAUCAGAGAUGGGUGCCCACUCACGUGAAUGUCACCGUCCUCCGCGCGCGAGGACUGCGGACCAAGGGCAAGCAUGGCAGCCGCUACCUGUACACUAUUAUCCAGGUGGGGAAGGAGAAGUACACCACCGGCCUGGUGGAGAAGGCGGAGGUGCCCGAGUGGAACGAGGAGUGCUGCUUCGAGCUGCUCCCGGGGAUCCUGGAGGACGGCGGCCGGAACUCGUACCCCCCGGGGAGUGGAGACCUGGUCCUCACUGUCAUGCACCGUGUGCUCAUAGGUCUGGACGUGUUUCUCGGUCAAACCAUCAUUCCUCUGGACAAGAUAUUUCAGGAGGGGAUGUGCCCUCGAGAUGAGUACGUCCUGUGUUGUUUUUUACUAAUGUAACCUGCGUGACUUUUAAUGAGGUUUGUCCGUUUUAUGCUGACAGAGGAGACUGAAGUGAUGUGUCAUGAGACUAGGAGGCGGUCAGGUCUGCUGAAUGACCUUAAAGGGAUAUUCCGGUGUAAAAUUUAGUUUGGGUCAAACUCACCGUAACACAGAGUUAGACACCCCCUCGAGAGAUGAAUGUUGCUGACUGCUUGCUUCUCUGGUUAUACCAACUUUAGUAACGACCACACGAUAGCAAUACACAGAAGUCUGAGGAGCCAUAAACAAACCUCAACCAAAAGCCACUCUAUAGCCACGAAUAAUUCUCAGAACAGCACCUAACUUCAUCAACAGCACUAGCCACCAAACAUCUUUAUAACUUUGCCCAAUUUCUUUAGCAAAGAGACUAAACACACCUCACCUACUCUCUUCCAGCAGCCGCAUGUUUGUAGCAAGACCUUGGCCAGUCCAUUAUGGACUACAGCGGGGUGACGCAGCUCAAGGAAGAACAUCUAUGACCGAGACGCAAAGGCAGAAGAACUACCACGUCUGCAGUGCAAAAUGAUUAAUAUGGUUCUUAUUACUUUAAGGAAAUGAUAAAGUAAUGGUCAUAAAUGUUCUUCCUUGAGCUGCGUCACCCCGCUGCAGUCUGUAAUGGACUGGCCUGAGGUCUUGCUACAAACAAGCGGCUGCUGGAAGAGAGUAGGUGAGUUUUGUUUAGUCUCUAAAGAAAUUAGGCAAAGUUAAAAAGAUGUUUGUUGGCCAGUACUAUGGCUCGGACCCUAUAUGUACUGUUGAUGAAGUUAGGUGCUGUUCUGAGCAUUAUUUGUGGCUAUAGAGUGGCGUUUUGGUUGAGGUUUGUUUAUGGCUCCUCAGACUGCUGGGUAUUGCUAUCGUGCGGUCGUUACUAAAGUUGGUAUAACUAGAGAAGCAAGCGGUCGGCAACAUUCAUCUCUCGAGGGGGUAUCUAACUCGGUGUUACGGUGUGUUUGACCCUAAAUUAAUCUUAUGCCGGAAUCUCCUUUUAACAGUAGAAUGACAUGCAGCUCCUCGGAUAUUUCUCCAUUUUAAUGAUUGUCUUUUGCAUGUGAAGGAAACUGCUUUCCUCUCUCACCUGCUCUAAUAACCACCUUUAUUAUCAACAUGUGCUUUAAAACCCCAAAGCACAGCACUAUAUCUGGAGUUUUCUCCUAACAGCAGAGGAUGUGAGUUAGAAAUACUGACUGAAUGACUAGAAGCUUAAGUACUGCCGUGCUUUGCAGGAUGAUAAAAAGUGCUUUUAUCUAAGUGCUCCCGGCUCAUAAAAUCCUGGCCCUCUUGACUUAUACCCUCCAGCAGCAGCUCCCACAAUGCACUGCAAAUCAACAAGGAUGAGACGCAGUUUCCACUUGGGAACCAGUCUGAAAUUUACCAGAAAACCUCCAUCUUUAAUGCAAAAUGCAUUUCAUUAAUUUCUAUCAGUGAAGCAUCAUCUCCAAAUAUCUCAUGAUAGAUUUUGAGGCACAUAGUGGCUGAGUGUAUUUUUCUUGCUCUGAGCAAAAAUAUUUUUGAUAUCUGGCUGCAAUGAGACUGGACAAAAAUAGGAAACCAAGAGAUAUAUCUGGAACAAGAACUGAUUUUUGCAGCAUGACUUUUUUGUGCUCUGGAGAGAAACCCACUGAAAAUGAGAUUAACACAAAACUGGUUUUAGUGCAACAACUAAAAAUAAAAGAAACAGCACAGAAAAACAAGUAAAAUCAGGCAUUGAAAAAGUUACAUACUGACAUAAAGAGUUGUUGUUCUCUCAAUUCAUGACGCAGCUGGUGAAAGGAUCAAAAACUUAAAUUAAAGAUUGUCGUGGCCUAAAAAGUUCAACAUCUCCUUCCAAAAAGGAGUGGAGUGAAAGUUUGAGUUGGAAUAAAAUGGAAAUACUUGACAUACAAGUGCUUUUGCUCGCUCUUCAAGUACCUUAAAAUGAUAUUUAAAUCUCCUGUGAGGAACUUUCUUUGGACAAAGCAGCCUCAAAGUAAGAAAUGAAAAAGAUGGUUCACUUCGGUGUUUAUAGUGAAUAACGAUAGCAAAAGUGUUUGUCAGUGCAGCUCUUAUCAGUCAGGGCGAAUAACAAGAGCAUCUCUGUGCAACACAAGCGCAGAAGUGAGUUUAAAUUUGUAUGGUAUCUAGAAUAACUGAUUUAAUUAUCACAGCAGUCAUUUCUAAUUCAGAUAACUUAUGACCCUUUGGCAAAGAAGAGGCUUUGGAUACAUAUUUCAAAGGAGUCAUGAAACCUUAAUCUGUUUAUUCAUAUUUGAUAACUAGUUCAGUGAGCACACAAAACUCUAACCUGAGGACUUAGUCUUUUAUUAACUGUUGUUGUACAUGUGGAAAAACUCUGCAUUGACUCUUUAGACAGCUGCAGACCUCAGUUGUGCCACACGUGAGGACUCACAAGCAAUAAGUGAACCAUUUCCACUAUCAGCAGUGAAGAGCAGAAUAGAAAAGCAAUUCAACACAUCUGGCUUUAAUUUGAGACUCCCCGCCUUCUCAGUGAAACUCACACUGGAUUCCUCCUGUUAGUUUUGGCUCUGCAACACUUUCUCUAGUCCACUCUGAGGACUCAGGAGGCAGAAACAGAGGGAGGAUUUUAUUGGUUGACUCUUCAUACAGUUUUGUCUUAUACAAUGUAAGCUCACUGGUGGGUGGAUUGAAGGAGUUUUGAUUUCCUGCUCUGAGGUUUGUUGUCAGAGAGUUGGAGCACAAUGGCCCUGAGCUGAAUUUCCACGUUACGUAACAAGUGGAAAAACAGUUCCAAAAGGAAAUCAAUGUUUUCUGUUGAUACUCGUUUCUGCUCCUGGGAUUGACCAGAUGACACAUGGCGCACAGCUUGUGAUUUAAACAGAUGGUUUAACACUUUGAAUGUCCCACUAAAGUGACCGAUACAGGAAUUUGAAGAUGAUAUCAGAAUUAGAGUCAAACAAUCACCAAUUACCAAUAUGGUGGUCAAUGUACAGAAAGACUGAGCUGGAAUGUAAAAAGUUAUUUUGUUUGUGAAUUGCUCACCGAUUUGACAAAACCAGGACUUUUUCUUUAAUAUUCAACAUAUUUUGUACAAUGUCAACCACCUCUGGUGCAGGCUGAUGUCUAGGUGGCUAAUAGGGGUGGGAGAAAAAAUUGAUUUACAUUAGUAUCGCAAUUUUAGUUUCACAAUUUUUAAAUCGAUUUUUUUGUUCAAAAAUCUUUUUUUUUUUUUUUCAAAUGUAAGAAUAAAUCUUAAAAACUGACUUACAUGUGAUGUUUAAUUUUGGGGAAAUAUGGUUCCCGGAAUAGUCAGUAGACAAUCAUAAUCAUUCAACUGUUUCAUUGGUGUUACAAAUGCAGACUAAAAGUCGAAAAAAUUGACAAUAUCGUAGAAUCGCAAUUUAAAUCGAAAUGGCAUCCAAAAAAUCGUAGAAGAAUAGAACCAGAGAAAAGCAUAUUGUCCCAGCCCUAGUGGCUAAUGUGCUUUGCUGCAUUAGCUGCAGACAGUGCUGAACAUGCCGAAAACGUCAGAGUUCAAGCACCUUCGGGCUGCCAAUCCACAAAAGAUUCUUUGAAAUUACUUCAAGCAUUUUGGUCUGCGUUAUAUGAUCAGAAAAAAAGCUUUUAUAUCAGUUACCCAUUACAAAAUAUCUUUUCUAAUACUGAUAUUACUGUGAUGGACCCAUAUUGGCUGAUAAUAGACUGAUUUAUGAUUCGGACUCUGACAGUGUUUUAUUCAAAGUGCUGAUAGAAAAUACUUGAUGCUGACUUUGUCCUUUUCUGUAUGGCUUCAGGUGGUUCAAGCUCAACUCUAAAGCAGGAAGAAAAGAGAAGGAACGUGGUGAACUUCAGGUAACGGUCCAAUUCACCCGCAACAACAUGACAGCCAGCAUGUUCGACCUCACCAUGAAGGACAAACCUCGCUCUGCUUUCGGCAAGCUCAAGGAUCGCGUCACAGGGAAGAAGAGGGGGGACAUGGAGUCCUCCUCGGCCAUUGUGCCAGGCCGCUAUGCCGCUCUGUCAGGGUCUCUGGGACAACCGUUUGGAGAGGAUGGCGCAGAGCCUGUGGAGUCACGAGAUGUGGAGAUAGUAGAGGAGAAGAGGAGCAAGGUGAAGGAUUUCUUCAAAGGACGGCUGCGAAAGUCAUCUGACACCAGGUCAUGCUCGUCGCUGGCGUCAGACAGCAGUGUGUCCUCUAUGGCCAGUGAGAACCCUGGUCCUCCACCUAGUCUGGAUUUGAUGUCUGACCCACCCAGCUCUCCCAUCUACAGUAGCAAAGUGAGAGUGGACACCCACUACGGAGAGACAGAUUUAGCUAAAAAAGGUAGGCUCUGAGAUUAUUUCAGUAGUACAUGACAUCAAAGUUGGGUAUUUCCUGAGCGGUGUUUGAUAGAAGAAAUUAGAGCAACUUUACAAAAUGGAGAAAGUAUUAAAGUCAAGGGGAAACUACCUGAAGGAUUUCCUCACACAGCAGAUGCUCCUUUUUCUGUGAAUGACCGUCUUGCCUGUGUGUAGCCUUUGUUUCAGGCUCUAACACUGACAUUUAAUUGAUCAGGAAACAGCAUGAGCAUGAUGUAUGUAACUGACUGACGAAGAAACGCAGAGUAUUUUACAUUCCUUUUAAAAUAAAACAGAUUAGAGUCCGGUUAAUUCGAUUUUGAGACAUAUGCCAGCAUUACUGGGAAAUUUAUAAUUAUCUUAAUGAAACCAGUGGGAAAUUUAUAUUGUAGUCUUCUCUCGCUCCUACACAAAUACAGUUGCAGCAUGAAGGUUAACAGAACUUACCCUGCAAGUUUAACUGGCUCACUGAGCAUAAAAAUAACAGUUUUCUCAUGACAAGUUAAUCAAAAAUAAGACAGUGACUCAAAAAAAAAACACAAAGAAAAGCAACACAUUUUAUAUUCCUCAUACCAAGAGCCACAUCCACAUUUAAUUAUAGUAAAAAGCAGCCUCUCAUUAACAGUAAAAAACAUAAUUAAAACCUGAAAUAAAAUAAAGGGCCUAUUGGAUGAAAAACUUCAAUGCUUACCAUAAAGAAACUUCAGUAAAGAGUCCCAGAUGCACCGCUUCAAUAGCGGCUUAACAAGACAAUAUGUGAACAUGCAAGUGAACACACCUGUCAGCCAUUGCUCCAAAGUAGGUAGGGCUGUAGAAACAUAUGAUAACGUCUUUAAAAAACAAUUACACUGAUAGAUAUCAAGCUAGAAAUAAGCGUACAGUAUUCCCAUGAGUUUGUAGUAGCAGUCCUGCAGGCUGGUUGUCGCACGUCAUAAACACCUAGCUAACUUAAGCAGCCCUUCCUGAGAGAUGAUGAGGCGCUUUUAUAGCUGGUGCUCAAAGAUUUAUUGUUAGUCUUGAAACUGUAUUAAAGUUUGUGCCUCUUUGGGUUACUAAUCAACUCAACAGACUUUCUUUUAAAUGUUUUCAUUCAGUUCUGUAGCUUUCGAUCAACCAGAUGUAGCAUACAGGAAAUGGCCCAACUAAAACCUGAGAUAGUACGGUAACACACGGGUUGAAAAUGACGUGGGAGAACCAAACGUUGGUGUCAAAAGCGGCAUCUAUUGUCAGGACUUUGUUUAAGAUGUCAAUGAAACUCAGUCUAAGUACAUAGUAUUUAAUAUUCUCUUAUUUAUUUGUGAUUACAUUGAAAAUACCGUAGACCUAAAACAACAUAUAAGGAUUUCAUAACCUGGGUCCUUUCUUUUUUCACCAGUGCUCACCAGCCAGCACACUACGAGGGUUCUCACACACAAGCGAGCCUUCAGUGAUGAAGCUAGCAAGAUCACGACAGCCUUCCCCAAAAGCAACCCGGCGCUGGAGUCUCUUAAAGGCCAGACCAUGACUCAGUCCAAGUCUUCUUUGUGUAUAAAUGGGAGCCACGUGUAUGACUCUGAACCAUCCACACCAAGGGCCUCAGGAGCCCAUCCGUCCAAACUGGUCCUGCUGGAGAAGUGCUCCCCGCUUUCUCGCUCCCUGCAGAACAUCACGAAGAGAAGUGAGGACAAAGGUUUAUUUUCUGAAGGUCGACGCUGGUCAUUCGAUAAGGUGAAGAAGGAUGAAAGAGAGGAAGAAAAGGAGGCUCAGUCGUCAUCUUCAUCAAGUCAGCAAGCUCAGACAGGAGGUCGUCCCAAUCAGACGACAACGCCGGUCAUCUCCUCUGCAUCUGGUUCACCCGAGAAAGGGAGGAAGCUAAGAAUGACGUUAUUCUCUGGGGCGAGGAGUGAGUCCCUCCCCACUAAGUCUGACCUGAACCAGUCUUCCUCCACAUCUGAGGGGAGGCUCAGAGGCUGGUUUGCCUCAGGUGACUCCCAGAACAAGCCAAGGUGAGUGUACUUCAUUGACAGGCUUGUCUUUGUUUUCCACAGUGUUUGAUGGAUGUUGCUCAUAUCCAGGCUCAAUAACGGGCUCACGGGAGUCCUGCUUCAGUUAGGUGUCCUGAGUUUGCUCUGCUCACUGCUCAUCUGAAAAUGGAGUUGAUUAAGUUCACGGCAUUCUCCAUUUUAUGACCAUGCUGCACCAUGAUGUCACGCCACACUUUUCACAAACAGCGCUCCAGCAUUCUCCAUUUUUGCCUUCAGUGAAUGUCUGAUUUUCUAUCACAGAUGUGGUUUGGGUAAGAAUAAAGAUGUUAAGUAAAUCACCUCAUGUUUAUUCAGUAUUACGAGCUCACCCAACAGAAUCACUUUCUAUGCAGACGAUCUUGAAUGGCUACAAUGCAUUUCUUUUUUUUUUUUCUUUUUUGCUUGAUUAUUUUGCCAAUGUGCUUUGCUUUUUUUCAAUUUGUGUUGCUGUUCUCAUGAUCCUUUCAUUUGGCCUACUGAUGUGGGUUUUGAUUGAUGUGGGUCAAGCUCUGUGGGGGAAUACCAGCUCGUAAUUUCUUUGUCUGUGAAAGAAAGUUGUUCCCCAUUUGGUAACCUGGCACAUCAUUAAUGAUGAGGACUAUUGUGCCCUAUUUCCCUCUACAGGCUGGAAGUUUCUCCUAAGGUAGAAAGCAGCUCAGAAGUACCCCCUCCCCUUCCUCCUCGCUCCCCUGUACCCCCUCAGUACCCCUCACCUCCCUCUGCCUCACCCUCUGGUCAUGUCUCCCCAGAUGACUACAAUCACACCAAUCCCUUCACCCCCUCUCCUGCCUCAACCCCACUCUCCCCGUCCAAUCCUUUCCCCUCACAUCACAACCCUUUUUUUGAGGAGCUCAUAGCGGAGGAGGCGUUGAAGUCCCCUACUUUUGCAUCUUGCUACACUCCCAGUUCAUCCCCCUUUCAUUACACCACAGUUCCAUCCAGGCCCUGCACACUCAGCCCUGCUCACAAUGUAAAUGCAACAAACAUGACUUCCAUUAAGCGGGAGCGCCCACGUCCAGUAGCCAGACAGGUAUCCCUCCCUGCAAUACUACCCAAAGCAGGAAACCCUAACUCCUCCAACCACUCUGCUCCUUGCUCCAUGUUGGGGAGCUCAGGAGAAUGGGAUGACUCGUUUGAUGCCUUUGCCUCCAGCAGGCUCAACUCCCCAAAGGGCAAUCCUUCUCAGCCGAGAACCAGUCCGACUUCCUCUCACACUCGUGGUUACCCUCCAGUGAACACCAAGAGUCUUGCGCAAGAACUGCAAGCGUGUGAAGAGGAGCCGCCACCUUUGCCACCGAGGAGACCUUUACGAAACUCAGUGAACGAGAUCUACUCAGACGGCUGGCUGCACAGAGGUCAAGCGUUAGCCGUCCACAAAGAAGCCUACCUCCUCUCGCAGACUGGUGUGGCCUCGCUGCAACGCGGAAAAGAAGGAGAAUUAAAAAGAAACAGUGUCUCUCCAGACCCUCAUACGAGCAGCGGGACCUCAGACUCUCAUAGUCUUCAUUCCCAACCAUACACGAAUGUUACUUCUCCGGAAUUCGUGUUGGCAGAGAAGAAUAAGAAGUUCAAAUACGAGCCUCUUGAGGAUAAUGCCGACUGCUUGGGAGGGAUGCUGUUUGAGCAAGACUUGUAUGGACGUAUGUGUCGAGGAAACUAUGGACAACCCAGAAUAAACAGCCAUCUUUUGUUGUUGACUGCUGAAGAAGCCAGAAACAAGAUCACGUCAACAAAGCUUCUUGAUAGUGAGAUAUCUGUUGCAGACCUUUUACACUUGUCGACCGGUACGCCCUCAAAGCUAGGUGGAAAGAUACAAGAGAUUAAACCCACUCCAGUCGAGGAGAAUGAGUUGGAUCUGCCUGAAAAUGAAUGCAUCAACAAUAAUGUGUCUUUUUCACUCACCUUAGGAGAUCUAAACAUGAAUGUAAAUAAUUCAGAUUUCGGUUUUAUUGAUUCAGAUGGUUCUUCUCAGUCAGAGGUGCUCGAUACCCUCAAAGGCAUCAACAGUUUUACACAGCUGCCUGAAGAUACACAUGCUUUCAACACAGAAACGGACACCACACCAGAAGAUAUGUUCACUUUGAAGGACACUUACAUACCUGAGAUGAACUCUUCCUUUGAAAUAAUCCCAUCAAACAACAAACUCUGUAAAGUCUACCCCAUUUGUCAAGACAAUUGCCAAGAUUGCCGACAUGGACUGAACAACCCGGCACCACAUGGUAACUCCAGGGUCACCAGCGAGAAGAUGAAUUCCUUGGCGUCACCAACAGGAACAUCUAAUCCGCUGGGUCUGGAAUUUGAUUCCAGACAGCAUCUACCUGGAAGUGGUUCCAUAAAGGCACAAAAAGACAGCGACGAUAAUGGAAACCCUCAAGGCACAGUUACUAAAACAGAGUCGUUUUCUGGUGUGGUUAGCGCACGUUUGAGACCAAAAGGAUUAUCUGGACAGAGUAACUGUGGCAGCCCGAUCGCUCGAGGCAUUAACAGCGACAGAGAGUUUGAACAGCUGUUGUCGCUUGUUCAAAAUAUUUCUCGAGUCAGCGAGGGACCUUUGUCUUAUCAGCCAACCAAAUCAGCUCUUUCUAGCUUACUUUCAUUUAAUAAACAUUCAGAUUUGCAAGAAGAUAGCACCAAAAACCAAGACCUAACAAAUCACAACGAACCAAACAAAACACCAGACCGCACAAUGCAUCAAAAUUGUAUAGCAGGAAAAUCUUCCAGCAUCAGUUUUGAAGACCUUCAUGCAAAAGUAGCCCCAAGCUCCAGAACCCCCUCAAAGACAAAGAUUGGGCAAUCUUUGCAAGAUCCUGAACUCUCCUCUCUCUCCACCCCUUGUACAUCCUCCCUCUCAGCUGAUGCACAAGUUAAGCUCCCCUCUACCCCUGUCUGUUGCCCCUCCAAACAUCCCUCAAGCACGGGGCCCAGUGCUGGAGCCGGCACUACUCUGGCCGUGGCCCCCUUCACCACCACCACCUCCUCUUCUUACUCCACCACCUCCACCACUGACCAGCCCCUGGUCGAUGCACGGCACUCACUUUUGCCUGAGGAGACUCAGCCAGCUAGCAACCUGCCCCAUCAGGAGAGCAGGUGAGAAUCCUCCCUCUAGGAUACCACAUGUGUAGGUGUUUACAAGCUGUUCUAAAUUUGGAAUAGCAGUCAAGAUUUCAGCUCACACUGCACACUUCUUUUGACUUUGUUGCUGUGGUUGCUUUGUUCGCUGUUGGCCUGGCCUGUUUGAUGCUGAAUGCCUUUUUAAGUUCUGUCCUUCCAUCCAAGAUCUUUGGAUGAUAUUUGCUGCUUUUGUCUUGGCUUUGCUUUUCAUUUAUGUUCUUCAUCUCAUCAUUCAGUUUCUUGUUGCCUGUUGUAAUUCAGCUGUUUUCCUUACACUUUGUUCUGCUUACAUUUAGCUAUGUUAAUUACCACCGGUCAAGUCAUGACCAGAUUAGCGGUCAACGACUGACGCAAAUACCAAUAAUGAAAGCACAGGAUGGCAAAUGUAUAGUGUCGAUAUAAUAAAGACAAUAGAAAAUAAAAGUAAAUAAUAAAUAAAAACCCAAAGUAAAUACUGCAAUAAAAAUGAAAUUGAAAAAGUCAUGUAUAAAUCCAUUGUUUCAUGCAUAUUAGAAUCAUAUUUCCAUGGUUAUGGUAGACAGUAACAUGUUUUAUAUUGAUAUUUAAUGAAUUUAGAAAACAACCAUUAAUCUGCCUGAUUAAUCGGCCAAUCGAUUAACUGGUCAAUCUUUAGUUCAGAUCAUUACAAACCAAAAGCAAACUCUGAUUCUUAUUCUCUGUAGAGGAGUAUGAUAUCACAGAACAUCUAUUUUUAUGCUCAGAGCAUAAAACCCAUCGUAAUUAUAACAGCAGGCUUUGGCUCUCUGAAGCUGACCGCUAUAAAGUGCAGUUGUAUCAUUAUGAUCACCUUUAUUUAAUCAGGUAGUGCCAUUAAACGCAAGCAGACUUCACAAGGGCGCCUUCAUUACAAGUUUUGAACAUAACCAAUAAAGAUUCAUUAUUAGAUAUGAGCAUAAGUAGACCAAAGGUCAAAAAACACUUCAAAUUUGCAUUUACACUGAUUGAUAAAGAGAUCCAGGUUGAUUUAUAGGGAUCUUUCUGUACUCUCUUUAUCCUCCUUGGGCAAAAUACUGAAAAAGCCAGUUUCCCAGACUCAGUUCAAACAUGAUGAUGACCUCUGGCUAAGUAGUUGUUGGAUUUAGUGCAGAGUGAAAUUAUCUAGUUUAAACCUGUGAAAUGCCUAAACUUAUAUGUGGGAAUGAGAGAAGAGGAUGGUUUAGUAAAGCAGAUGUUCGGGAGGAUCCAAAAUUAGUGGCACACCUGACUUCAGUCCUAGGACACAAAUAAUUCAUGAAAUCUGUCCGAUAGGCAUUUUUUACACUGCAGCAGGUACAGGAGAGGAAGAAUAUAUAUUUAACAUAGAGUUGUGGUUUUAUGUUUGUUUGCUUAGUAAAAAUAGACAAAAGGUCAUCUAGUCACUGCUACUUUGAUGUUGAAUCUUUUCUUUUCUAGUGCACCCAAAAUAAAAACAAGUCAUAUUGAUAUCUUUGAAACUAAACUUUCUAUCUGGUGUUUCCACCAAAUCUUUGAAUUCUUGUUUUCCUCUGAAUUUCCUUUUCUAAAUACUCCCCCGCUGCUGCUGCUGCUGAUGCUGCUAUUCUUGUUGUUGUUAUUGUUGUUGUUGUUGUACUGUGAACUCUUUGUGCUUCACGAUAUGAUCAUAUCCUUCAGCAGCAUGAGAAAAGCUGUGCUCACUUUGGACCUUUAACUUCUACAGCCUGCUGAUACAGCAGUAGUUUUCUUGUCUUUAUUUCCAUGAUGAUCAAUCCUUCAAAGAACAAAAGUCCAUUUUUGUGUAGGAUUUAUUUCAUUCAGGGGGUAACUGUGAAGUCGGUUAGUUCUUUUUGAAGCACUUAUAAUAAAACAUGGCUGUGUUAGAACACCAGCGCUGACCUUUUCACUUUUACAGACCUCAUCCAGUGAAGCCAUUAACCUCUAGCCAGCCUGAGAAGAAAGAAGGCCGCUCAGUACUAGAGAAACUGAAAUCUACCAUCCAUCCUGGACGCACCACUGCUCAACAGGCUGCAGCAGAAACGGAGAAGAGUCAGGUAAAAUAACAUGUAAUGUUAUUGUUUUUAUAGUGUUUAGUGCUUUUUUUAGAGGGAAAGGAUCUGAACAUUUGCUGUAUGAACUAGUCUGACUGCUUCCUACUGGCUCUUGUUAGGCUGCAGUUAUUUUCAACACCUGGGAGAGAAAUGCUGAAUCCAUAACUCCCCGUUACAUGUGACAUAACACUUUGGCCCAGAUAAGAAGUUCCCAGGUCCCAAAAUCAUGUUUCUAGUCUUCUACUUAAACACUCUGUACUGUUCAUGUUACAGCCUGUUAGGGAAUGAGCUGAUAGGGCUCAACUCUGAUGCUGUUUCUUGGGAAUUAAGGUUCUUAUUAUAUGAUAUUUUGACCUGAAAGGAUCAGGCUAAGAACAGUGUUUCCCUACAGUAAUUUUUAUAUUCAAGUAUUUUAUUUUUGAACACCCCUCACACAGGAGCCAAGAGUCACUCUGAAUUCACCCAUGAUGCCGUGUUUGACUGUGUGCACACAGCAGAAAAAACUAAUUAACACGUCACAACAAAAAAACCAUUUGGUGCACAGACUAUUAAAUGCCUCCAUGAGCUCUUAUUAACACCAACACUUGGUGUUAAUAAAAUCUCUGCAGAAGCAUAGCUGAUGCCUUAAUCUUCGCAUGUGACCCACUUUGUUUUUUAACAGCUGCAACACAGCACGACACACCAUAAACAGCCGUUUAAGAGCACUAAGCCUUCAGUUCUAAUCCUCUAUCUUAUUUAACAGAAUAGUGUGACAUGCUGUGAAAAGUGCACAUUCCCCAUUUUUCCCUUCUUGCUAAGAAGGAGAUGAGAAGCUUGACACCCCCUUUAUGUCUGAAUGAUAAAUAUGGAGUCACAGAGAGGAGGUGGUACGCUCAGCUUCACACAGAGACUGGAAAUUCAGGAAUAGAGGAAGCUUUCUUUUCUAACACAGAGCCAAAUGAUUAAAAUGAUUUGUCAUUUUGAGUCUAAUGACUUUUAAUGUGAAAAAUUUGUUGUUGCAAUUAAUUGAAGCAAUGAAAUCAGUGGUGUACUGGACACACUGAUCACGACAAGAGAUUUUUGCAAUAUUUGUCUAUCUUGAAACAAUACAUGUGGACACCAGUAUGGAGCUUCUUCACCUUUAUUUGAAAAAUAUACUCAUAAUAUUUAUUUUCUCUAUCAGUGGAGAGAACUAAUACCCUUUAAAACAAAAUGUCCAAGUACUCCAAAAUUGGCUCACCAGAAUCCUCUGUGUUUCUGCCUCUUCUUUCAUCUGUUUCUAAUCAUAGAAUCCAAAAUAUUGAGCAUAUAAGGGUGUGAAACAGUUUUAAUAUCUUGAUUUUUAUAACCUCAACUUCAAUCAAACCAGAUUUCCUCAUUGUGUGUCUUUAUACUCUUCCUUUCGAACCCGCUGCUGGUCUAAUCCUCAUUUUAAAUGGACACUCUCUAAAAACACUUAUUUCUUCAACCCAAUUCCUGGCUUUUACAUGUUGAGUUAAAUUUCUGGGUUAUUUUUCAGAUCCAUCCCCAUUUCCUGGGUCAUAUAAAUUCUAUUGUAACCCAAUUUGAGGGUCAUUUUUCUGAGAGUAACCCAAUACUUGGGUUGGGUUCGAUGGGUUGGGUUGAACGUUGGGUUCGAUUGACUCUACAUGGUUUCAAGGCCUAAUGGCAAUUAAAGUGACCUGGUGACCUUGUGAACAUUGACCUUGAUUUUAUAUACAAUAUGAUAUAUAAAAUAUGCUGGGGUAGUUCAGCGGGUAGAGCAUCCAGUUUCUAACCAGGGGGUUGGGGCUCAAACCCCACACAAGACACAUCCGUAAGGAGUUUAGUACAUCUACCUGUGUGGGUCCUCAGGCAAGACCCUUAGCACUAUGGCCUACCUCAUAAACAUGAGUGUGCACCAUUGAAAGCCAAACCGGCUCAGACGGUACAGGUUGGAAAAGCAAAGCUCCCAAAAAAAAAGCUCCCCAAAUGCAUAUAUCAAUAUAACCCAAGAUCAUGAGUCAAAUUAACUCUAACAGUGAGUUAACUUGACCCCUAAAAAGAGUUAUUGGGUCAACCCAAAAUUUGGUUAAUUUGGGGUUUUUAGAGUGCAGAUAUGAAAGCAGUAUCUAUCUCAUCUAGUUCUUGAUAGGACUGUAAUUAAGUGGACAAUAUUCCCUCAAAUGCACUCUUCCUCUAUUGUAGGAGGUGAUGGUGGACAACUCAGCACAGUACCAGCACCUCACCAACAUGGAGCUGAUCUCCCUCUUGCUGCAGCAGGAGAUGGACAUGCAGAAGCAGCAGGCGGCCUCCGAUCGGCAGGGGGCGCAGCUGCAGAAAUGUGAGGCUGAGCUGAAAAAGGUCAAGUUGCAGGUUCGAGAUCUGGAGGACUACAUUGAUAACCUUUUACUGCGGAUCAUGGAGCAAACUCCCACGCUGCUUCAAGUGCGUACCAGACACAAGUGA